AUUAGUACGUGUUUGAUGGCUAGAGAGUUUGGUUGUUUCGGUUGGAAUACGUUUUUGUGUUUAACAGUGUACAAAAAUAAAGAGAAAAAAAGUCUAAGAUAAUGUGUAUUAAAAGGAAUAAAUAUACAUACUAGUAUUUUAUAAAGAAAAUAAUUAAAAAUAUAAAGAAUAAAGCAAUGAAUUUAAAAAAUAUAUUAGUGGCAAUGAAAAGUUUUCUUUUAAAACAUCUUUAGUGCGUUUACAUAAGUGCAGCUAUUUUCAUCAGUCGUCAUCAUCAGUUUUGUCAAUGAUAAUUAACAAAAUACGCCCGUGAUAUUUAAACAACUAUACAGUUUUUCUCUACAACUUUCAAAAAGAAAAAAAAUUCAUAUUUAAUUUUACAAAAAAAGAAGAAAAAACACCACCUUUUGUUACAACUACAUACACACAAACAGCAAUUUAUUUAUUGUUUUUCAAAAUUUGUUUUACCCUAAAUUUUGUGGUUGUGUUGAACUUUCAGUUUGAGUUUGUACUUUUUUUUCGUUCAAUCAUUUGUUGUGUGUUUUAUUUUGAGAAAAAGUGUGAGGCAAAUAAUUGGUAAAAAAUACAAAUACAAGAAAGAAAAAAAUAAAGGAACUAUGAUGUUGCAUGCUUUAAUAAUUUCAUUUCGUUUAAAUUCGAUUUUAUUUUAAACGAUGGAUCGUCGUGCUUUAAAAGUUCAUCCAAGAAGAACUACGGCCACAAGAGAAAGUGAAAACACAACAACAACCGGAAACACUACAUAUCUGCCAACACAACCCCUUAAGGAUAAUUCAAACAUAAGAAUAAUAAAAUUCAAUGCUGAGCAAGCGCACUUUGUCGACCAAAAACAACCGCAGCAAAUUGUAACACAAAUACAAACAACGCCAACAACAACAACUCCUCUAACAAACGGCAACAACAAUCACAUUAACAACAACAAUAACAAUAACAACAAAAACCAUAAUAACCACAACAACCACUACAGUGCAACAUACUUGACAAAUUCAAAAGUCUCCAACACCAGCCCAACUUCAAACGGCACCGUCACCUCAAAAGUCGCUAAUAACAGCAGUAGUGGUGGUGGUAACGGUGGAAACGAACGCCCUCUCAAGUGUUUAGAAACGUUAGCACAAAAGGCCGGUAUCACAUUUGACGAAAAAUACGAUUUUGCUCCGUCGUCAGCAUCUGCCGCCAACACAACAACUACCUUCACAGUUUCAACCUCAACGCCGCCACCCCCACAUUCCCAGUCACAGUUGACAAACAAAACAUCGUUUACCGUUACGUCAAAUUCCUUCUUUGGCAACGGUAAUAAUAAAAGCUUCACGCUGGAGAAGUCACAGAGUCCAGCCCAACAGGUGGCACCUAAUACGGUGCCCCUACAAAUAUCACCAGAACAAUUGCAACAACUACAACAUUACCAUCAACUGCAGCAUGGCUCGCCCUUUGCUGCCAUCCAAGUUAAACAGGAAUUUCCCACACAGCAACACACGCUGACGGGUCCCGGUAGCACUACCGAAAUAAAACAUCCGAGCCUUCUCGAUGCUGCCACCCAGGGGCAAUUGCAGCAGAUGCAAAUGCAAUUGGCUCAAGCUACAGCUGAUGCCAAUGGAGGCGGUGGUCAAAACAGCCCAGCCACACAACACACGCCCACCAGUGCGGGCGCUGUGGCUGCUAUGCAGCAACAACAUUCGACAACCAUAAGCACCAUGUCGCCGAUGCAAUUGGCCACUGCUACGGGCCAAGUAACGGCAACCGGAGACUGGACACAAGGUCGUACCGUACAACUAAUGCAACCGUCCACAGGCUUCCUAUAUCCGCACAUGUUGGUGCCCGGUAAUCUCAUACAAUCUGGUCUAGGCCAACAACCCAUUCAAGUGAUAGCUGCUGGCAAGCCAUUUCAAAGCGGCGCUCCGCAAAUGAUCGCCACAACUCAGAACACAAAGCAAAUGUCCUUGGGGGGUAAUACUGGGUUUCCUAGUGGUACAACGUACGCCAUACCAUCCAGCCAAUCGCCCCAGACAUUGCUCUUCUCUCCGGUCAAUGUCAUAUCACAGUCGCCACAGCAACAGAAUAUACUGCAAGCAAUGACCGCAGCCGCCAAUGCCCAGCAGCAACAACAGCAGCAGCAACAACAACAACAGCAGCAGCAGCAGCAAAAAGGUUCGGUGGAUGCGCAAAAGAGUUUACAGCAAAAAGUCGUGCAAAAAGUGACCACCACUACGAAUACUGUUCAGUCGGCUGCUGGAGCUGCCCAACAGCAGCAGCAACAAGCCACCCAACAAUGUGUGCAGGUCAAUACUCAAAACGCGGGUAUGCAAGCUGGCACCACACAAAUCAUAAGUCCUCUGCAACAGGCCACCGGACAACCCCAACCAUUGCAAAUUAAUGCCUCUCCUUGGGUGCAGAGUGUGCCAUUUUGGUCGAACGGUUUGCAACAGUUGGCCCAAAAUCCCAUUAUCAUAAGAGGCACACAGGCGGACGGCACACCCGGAGUGUUCAUACAACAACCCAGUGGACAAACAUUGCAGACUCAACAACCAAAUCAAAUAACCCUGCAAUGCAAUGUCACACAAACCCCCACUAAACAACGAACACAGUUGGAGCAGUUGGCUGCUAAGCAACAACAGCAGCAGCAGCAAACGGGACAAAAUCACAGCCAACAGGUGGUGCAACAACAGGCCACACAACUGCAAGUUCAACAGCAGCAGCAACAACAACAGGUCUCCAAUGUUCAGCAGCAGCAACAGCAGCAGCAGCAACAACAAGCUGUUGUUCAGGCACAUUUGCAGCAACAAGCUGCUGCCGUCGUGGCCGCAGCCAAUCAGCAACGUGGACAAACUCAAAUUCUACCCCAAUCGGGUGGUGCCCAAAUUCGUCCUGCCUCAUCCGUAUCCACACAAACAGCUCAAAAUCAAAGUUUACUCAAACAGAAGAUGCGAACAAAGCAGCAGGCGGUGCGUCCCGCUUUGCCAGCCAUGAAAACAGAACCGCAAACUGUGCAACAGGUGCAGCAGCAGCAACAACAACAGCAGCAGCAAGUAGCUAAAACUACUACUGUGGCUGGACUUCAGCAACAAAUUACGGCUGCUGUUGCAGCACAACAGCAACAACAACAGCAGCAGCAACAACAAGGUCAACCGACCAUGCAUCAAGUUGUAACAUCAGCGGGAAACAAAAUGGUGGUUAUGAGUGCUGGCACACCAAUCACUAUACAAAACGGUCAAACGCUGCAGCAGGCCGUUGAUAAACAACAACAGCAGCAGCAAUUGCAAUUGCAGCAGAUUCAAAAGCAACAACAGCAAUAUCUGCAGCAGCAAUUGAUUCAACAGCAAUUUGCUCAAAUACAGUUGCAACAUCAGCAGCAGCAACAGCAGGCAGCUGUGCAUCAACAACAACAGCAACAACUCCAGCAAGUUGUAGCUGCUCAACAACAACAGCAAGUUGGACAACAGCAGCAACAGCCUCAAAUUCAGCUGCAAGUUGGUCCACAGGGUUUUAUAACAGCCCAGCAGCAGCAACAGCUGCAAAAUCAAUUAUUGCAACAGCAACAACAAUUACAACAACAACAGCAGCAGCAACAGCGAGACCAACAGCAAUCUCAGAAUAUUAUACAUCAAAUUGUAGUACAGCAAUCACCGCAACAGCAGCAGCAACAACAACAGCAGCAGCAGCAUCAGCAAACGCAACAGUUGCAACAGCAAAUAACUGCUGUGCCAUUUUCCGUUUCGUCCUCGACGCCAGCUUCUAUAGCAACAUCUCAAGGACUGCAGCAACAUGUGGCGUAUCAAACAAAAACUUCAAACUCACUGCCCACCACUUCAGUGGUGACAAUUUCUAAUCAGACAGGUCCUUUGGUUACAAGUACGGUGGGCUUAAAUCAAGCAAACGCACAGUUACAACAACAGCAAUUAAUAGCAGCAACAAUAGCAGCCUCUCAGCAGCAACAACAGCAGCAGCAGCAACAACAGCAGCAGCAACAACAACAGCAGCAGCAGCAGCAGCAACAAUUGCAACAACAGCAGCAGGCGCAACAUUUGGUAGCUGUUGCUCAACAACAGCAGCAACAACAGCAGCAGCAGCAACAACAGCAUCAGCAACAACAGCAGCAGCAACAACAAACAACAGUUAUGCCACCUCCCUCAUCUCCAGCACAAAAUCCAAUUUUAGCAAUGGCUUCCAUGAUGAAUGCCGCCGCCGGAGGCAAUCUAACGGGCAACACCUCACUGACAACUCCAGUUUCCAUGACAUCGCCCAUGGGCAACACUAUAACAACGAAUGUUUCCUCAUUGCCCGCCACACCCACAAAACCAGCCAUUGAACAAUUGAAAACUGUCUCCAGUGCACCCAGCACUCCCUCCACAGCCACUCUUAAUAUCAAUAUCGCUGCAUCUGCACCUUCAACUCCUGUGCAACUCGCCACAGCCGAACAACCAUCAAAGGAGGCUGCCACAAAAUCCAAUGAUAAUAAAACAAUUGAAGCUUCUACUACUUCUACUACUACAGCCAUGACCACCACACCAUCUACACUUUGCACUACAGCCACUAUUGCCACCAGUAACAGUGCAACAACUACUCAACAAUCACAACAACAACAACAUUCACCAAUAAUAACAGCUUCCCAACAUACAACCACUACGCCUACAGAAACUCCCCAAAUGGCCGUACAACCCAUGGAUACUACAGAAUCGUCAAACGAACCUUUGCCAAACAUGGGUACUAAACAAACCAAUGCUAGUGCUGUAGCUCCGACCAACCAGUCGUCUGAUUGCAAUAAUUCUUCGCCUCCUAAAUCUCUCAAAUCUUCCAACACUCAACAAAUUGUUUCAAAUGAAAGCGAAAAAUCAUCUGCACAAAUUUCUUCGGUUGUUUCUUCCUCCCCGGAUGAAUCCACUUCGCCGACAUGUUUGCCAGCUGCUGUUAGUACAAACUCCUUGACCAGCUCUGCCACCUCCAUAACAACAACUUCUUCUACCACCAACACUUCGAGUACUUUCACCACGUCCACAACAACUAGUACAACUACUGGUAGCACUCCCGUUACUCCCAAGUCCAGUGGUCCACCACCAAAAUGCACACCUGGCGCUACGAUUGUUAAGGUUGAAAAGGAUUUACCAAAAGCCAUGAUCAAACCGAAUGUUUUAACGCAUGUCAUUGAUGGUUUCAUAAUACAGGAAGCAAACGAGCCAUUUCCAGUGACACGUAAACGUUAUACGGACAAGGAUGACAGUGACGAAUUACCACAAAAGAAACAAGCAUUGGAUGAUGCCUCCAACAAUAUAAACAACAACAAUAAUAAUUUGUCUACCAGUCCAUUGCCAGCCGAUAUGGUGGCAUGCGAACAAUGUGGCAAGCCGGAACAUAAAACUAAACUGAAAAAGAAACGUUUUUGCUCACCAGCAUGUGUACGCCAGGCUAAAGCUUCAAUCGGUGAGCAGGUUGCACAAGCUCAGCAGCAACAACAACAACAGCAGCAGCAGGCACAUCAACAACAACAACAACAGCAGCAAUCUGAAUCCAUAAACAAUGCAAACAUUAAUCUUAACGAUUCCAAUAAUACCAGCCAACAUUUAAACAACAGCAUUAAUAUGGACAUGAGCAACUCACUUUCUGCAGCACCCAUGGUGGCAGUAGGCGUCGCCGGCAUGAUUGAUAGAAUGCAAACUGAUAAUACAAUAAUGCAAAAUCUACCAAUUGUGACAACAGCAACCCAACUGCAAAUGCAGCAAGCGCCUCCGCCAACAUCAUCAUCACCAUCCGUCGCCAUCGUUUCAGCCGCAGUAAAUGAAAGCGCUCCCUUAGCCCCAACAGCGGCUACAACUGCAGCACCCGCUGUAGAACAGCAGCCACAGAUGGCCAACUGGACGGUGUCGGAUGUGUGUGAAUUUAUCAAGAAUCUGCCGGGCUGUAGUGAUUACGUGGAUGACUUUGAGCAACAGGAAAUUGAUGGCCAGGCCUUAUUGCUGCUCAAAGAAAAUCACUUGGUUAAUGCAAUGGGCAUGAAAUUGGGACCGGCUCUCAAAAUAGUAGCCAAAGUUGAAUCCAUGAAGGAAGUAUCAGCCGCAGCAUUAAAUGCUGCCAAUAAUGCUAUGGAGACCAAUAAUGGCAACUCGCAAUAAACAAAUUUGCUAAAACAGCAAAACUAUUUUCAAAUUGUAAAUAAUUGGGUCCUUUAA